AUGGUGGGAAGCUUCAGAAGCGCUUUGAAAGUUUCGGGGCUUAAUUCUGAGCUGGAACGACAAACAAAUGAAUUGGAAGGACUUUAUAUUUGCAAGGAGCAGGCAAAGAUAGAAAUAGCAUUAAAGAAUGAGUCUUUAAAUCAAAAAGCAUCCAUACAAUUCCAGUUUCAUAAGAAAUCAGAGGAGCUUGAGAAGUCAACUUUGGAGUCUUUUAGAUUAAAAGAAAAGAAUAUGGCUUUGGCUAAAGAACUUGCAACAUUAAAAUUAGUGACUGAUCUGGACAUUGAUGAAGAGGAGGUUUUGAAGCUUGCCACUUUUGGUAAUGGGGCCAACAGUAAAGACACAGUAGAUACAUUGAAAAAAUCUUUGGUCAUGCGGAACAGGAGUUAUAAAGAAUUGAUGGCCAAGUGCAAUGUUCUUGGAAGAGGUGAGGCCCGUUAUAGCAAAAAACUUGAUAAGGCUAAAGAGAAGAUCGCUAAACUGAAGAGAGACUACAUCACAAUUGAUGAAGAUGAUUUAGAAGGCACUAAUGCUUUGCAAGGAUGUUCACAACAAAACUACAAAGAUCGAGAUAGGGAUAAUAUUGCUUUUAGCAAGCCUUCUCUAGCGAAGCUAGGGACCAUGUCUACCACAAAGACCGAAACAUUAUUGCAAGGAAAAUGUACUUUGGCCGAGUCUCCCAGAGUUGAUAUUGACAUUGACAUUUCUAACAUUUUAGCUGGUCCUAUGGAUGAAGAUGUACUUUACAAACCACCAUUAAACAUAAACAACCUGUGUGGUUUGCUUGGUCCUGAUGAAACUCAUCAGUUUUUGGGAAAAUGGUGCAAGCGUGGACAGAACAGUGAAUCAUCAUCUGCAAAAAGAUCAAGUAAUGGGGAUUUAAUAGCUGUUGGGGCUGAUGGUAGAGGUGGCAGAAUAAAAGUUCUAAGGACAACUACCCAAAUCCUCUCGGAGAGUUUUCUAUAG